GAAAUGCAGGUGUUUUGCGAUAGCCUCUGUACAAAGUCUCCCGACAUAAAAACCGUGCUUGACAGCCCGCCCUCAGCCCCGAGACCGCGCCCUCAGCGCUCGGGCUCGAGACCCCGCAGCAAUGGCGGCCGCUGUGGCGAUGGCGCCCGGCAGCGGCGGUGCCGGUGCCGACUUCUCGGACCUGCGGGAGAUCAAGAAGCAGCUGCUGAGCGUGGCGGAGCGGAGCCGCGAGCGGGGCCUGCAGCACAGCGGGAAAUGGAGGAUGCUCGUGACCUGGAUGCCUACACACUGGCCAAGUCUUACUUUGAUCUGAAGGAAUAUGACAGGGCUGCCUACUUUUUACGGGGCUGCAAGAGCCAGAAAGCUUACUUCUUGUACAUGUACUCCAGAUACCUGUCAGGGGAAAAGAAGAAGGAUGAUGAGACAGUGGAUAGUUUGGGACCUCUGGAAAAAGGACAGGUGAAAAAUGAAGCUCUACGAGAACUGAGAGUUGAGCUCAGCAAGAAGCACAAGGCACGGGAACUGGAUGGAUUUGGCCUUUAUCUGUAUGGUGUUGUGCUGCGGAAGCUGGACCUGGUGAAAGAAGCAAUAGAUGUGUUUGUUGAAGCUGCUCAUGUCUUGCCUUUGCACUGGGGAGCCUGGCUGGAGCUUUGCAACUUGAUUACAGAUAAAGAGAUGCUGAAGUUCCUGUCCUUGCCAGAUACAUGGAUGAAAGAGUUCUUUCUUGCACACAUUUAUACAGAGCUACAGCUGAUAGAGGAGGCCCUGCAGAAGUAUCAGAGCCUCAUUGAUGCAGGAUUUUCCAAGAGCACUUACAUCAUCUCUCAGAUCGCAGUUGCCUACCACAAUAUUCGAGAUAUUGACAAAGCCUUAUCCAUCUUUAAUGAGCUAAGGAAACAAGAUCCUUACAGGAUAGAAAACAUGGACACUUUCUCCAACUUGCUCUAUGUAAGGAGCAUGAAGCCUGAGCUGAGCUACCUGGCUCAUAAUCUCUGUGAGAUAGACAAGUACCGUGUGGAGACCUGCUGUGUCAUCGGAAAUUAUUAUAGCUUGCGUUCCCAGCAUGAAAAAGCAGCACUCUAUUUCCAAAGGGCCUUGAAACUGAAUCCUCGUUAUCUGGGAGCCUGGACACUUAUGGGACAUGAGUAUAUGGAAAUGAAGAAUACAUCUGCAGCUAUCCAGGCUUACAGACAUGCAAUAGAGGUGAACAAAAGGGACUACAGAGCGUGGUAUGGCUUGGGACAAACCUAUGAAAUCCUCAAGAUGCCAUUUUAUUGUCUCUACUACUACAGACGGGCCCACCAGCUCAGACCGAACGAUUCUCGUAUGCUGGUUGCUCUAGGAGAAUGCUAUGAGAAACUCAAUCAGUUGGUGGAAGCCAAAAAGUGCUAUUGGAGGGCUUAUGCUGUGGGAGAUGUGGAGAAAAUGGCACUUGUGAAACUUUCCAAGCUGCACGAGCAGCUGAAUGAAUCUGAACAGGCAGCUCAGUGCUACAUCAAAUACAUCCAGGAUAUCUAUUCCUGUGGGGAGAUAGUGGAGCACCUGGAGGUCAGCACUGCAUUCCGCUACCUGGCCCAGUACUACUUCAAGUGUAAGCUCUGGGAUGAAGCCUCAGCAUGUGCUCAGAAGUGCUGUGCCUUCAAUGAUACUAGAGAAGAGGGAAAGGCCCUGCUGCGGCAGAUCUUACAGCUUCGCAACCAAGGAGAAACAUCAUCCACAGAUGUUCCUGCUCCCUUAUUCCUCCCUGCGUCACUGUCAGCCAACAACACUCCCACACGUCGUGUCUCCCCGCUCAACCUGUCCUCUGUAACACCAUGAACAGUGCUGAUACCUCUGACCUGUGCGUUGGACGUGACACUGCACAUGGGACGUGUAACCACUUCUUUCUAGGGAAAUCCCUCCUUUGGUUGCUGCCCUCCCAUGAAGGGCAGGAGUUAGCAGAGCCCACAGCUGAAGACAGAUGUGCCCCGACAGGCAGAGGGGCAGCUGAUGUGAAAGUGCCUUUGCUGAGAAUGUGAGAACCUGCUCUACUUCUCGCCACGUCAUUCCAGUUAGAGGGCAGACGUGUGCCAGUACACAGGACUAACUGAGGCAUUGGAAGGGGCUUGUCUGCUGAAGUUCAAGUACAUUUGAAGUUUGAUUCUGCCCCGUGACCUCUGGUCUUUACUGCAUUUCUUUGGAUGACCUCUUAGCAAUAUCACCGCUGUCUUCAUCAGAGACUGUUACCUGCUUGGCUACUUAAUGGCUUUGGCUUGUGUUGACCAACAUGGGAGAUGUUUCACUAAAGCAGUAGAAUAGGCACUUGUAUAGGUGCCAUGUCUAUGUUGAAGGAUUGACAAGUAUCAGAGGAGUCCCAAGUAGCCACAGGUGACAGCUGUCUGGUGUUCUGUCAGUGGAUCUGACAGAUAAUUUUGGCUUUCAGUAGAAAAGCAGCCAGUGGGAUGGUACAAUUAAAAAAACUAACAAUGAAGUUACUGUC